AUGCCGUCAUCGCGCGAAGACUUCGACGAAGCCGUUCGCAGCGCGUUCGCGUUCCCGUCCGCGCCGAAGAAGAAGCGAUCGCCCGACGCGGACGCCCCCGAUGGCGACGCGCGGCCGUCGCCUCAAACGCUCGACGAUCGCGACGACGACGACGACGACGACGACGACGACGACGCGACGACGACGACGACGACGCCGCCCUCCGCGACGCCGAAGCCUCUCGUGGUGAAAACGGUGACGAGCAAGACGAAAGGACGCGGCCGGGUGAAGCCGAGGAAGGCGACGCUCGCGGAGCGCGGGCUCGAGCGUCUGGAAGACCUCCCGCGCGUGAACGGUGCGUCCAUCGCGUCGUCCAGCCAUCCAUCAUCGCAUCGCGCGCCUCUUCGCCUCCCGAGCACCGCGCGCCGGCCGCGCCUCGCCGCUUCGCCGUCGGUCGCGUCUCGUCGUUCGCGGAGCGCUCACCGAUCCAUCUAA